AUGGCUGCUUCAGACCCCACGAAGACUUCGGAAGAAUCUAAAAGCGAGCCUCAAGUUUUUCUUACCAAUUUAUCUUUUGAUUGGGGAAGUUUUCAGCAGAGAGAGGUGAAGACAGAACUUAUCACUGCUGUUAACAGUUCAGCCGGCGACGAAGAUGUGAUUCUUACAGAAGAUGUUGCGAGAGACUCACUAAAUGAGCAAAAUGAUGACGGUAUAUAACUUGUACCUAUUUUUUCCGAAAUAUGAAGCUCCCAGACUAUCCCAAGAUGAAGUCGCUCGAAGAAGUCAUGCAAGAGUUUCUGGAAGAAGAAAAGUUUAUGACCGCCACAGACUAUAUGCGAAGAUUUUAUGUGAGUUUUUUGCAGAAAUGAAAAGAAAGAAGAAUUGAAUUUAUGGAAAGAUUUAGAUGUCUCUGUAAAAUCUUUUCUCGUUACAUACCGAAGAAUAACAUUUAUUAUACACUAAGAAUAACUGACGAGAUAAACGCGAGGUCAGUGGCGGUACAUUGACGAACUCGCAAAAAUGUCGCCUUUUUCUAGGCGCGAUCUCGCAUUUCUCUCGGCGCGAACUCGCAUUUUUCUCGGCGCAACCUCGCAUUUAUCUUGCAUUCCGGAAAUUUUCAGAUUGCGAGAGAAAUGCGAGCUCGCGCCUAGAAAAGUGCGAGCUCGCGCCCAGAAAAAUGCGAGACCGUCGCGAGAAAAAACGCGAGAUGUUUGCGAGCUCGUCAAUGUACCGCCAGCGUCUCGCGUUUAUCUCGGCAGUUAUUCUUAGUGUAGUUUUACAAGCUUGGAAUAUGAAUAAAAAUGAAUGAAGUUAAUCGUUUUCUGUAAUAAAUUUGACAUCACAGGCUGCUUUUUAUUGGGAAAACUUUUCAUCUAUUUUAGAUGGCUUUCAAUAUUCCCACAUUCAACUGGUUUUACUUGUUUGUGAAAGUUUCUUUUUUAGCAAAUUAGGGUCGAACAAGAAAAACUGCGGUCAGAGCCCGAGUUUUCUUGCGAUUCAGCAUGUUCUCACCUCCACUAUGCUCGCAACCGUUAUCGGGACAUUUUGCCAUGUAAUUUUUUGGAUUAUUUUUUUUUUCAUAAUAACCAAGUUAUUCUGUUUCGAAUCCUCAGAUGACCACAAUCGGGUGACAAUACAAAAAGGCGAUGAAAAUCCAGACGGAUAUAUGAAUGCUUCUUUUAUCCAAGUUCCUGGCGGGGAAACAAAAUUCAUCGCAGCUCAAGCACCUUUGCCCGCCACUUUGGAUGAAUGGUCAGCUAACAAUCUCAUCUUCAAGAUGAGUUAACGUUUUCAUCGACCUCAACGUUUUUGCAGGUGGAAAAUGAUUGACGAACACCAAGUUUACGUAAUAGUUAUCCUCUGUAAGCUUGUCGAAAUGAAUAAGGUUUUUUUUUCUAGCCGCUUUAUUGCAUAGAAACCCAUACAGAUUAAAUGCGAAAGAUACUGGCCGGCAGAAGUAGAGACCUCGGAGAUUUUUGGCGACUACGAAAUCACACUCGAAAAAGAACAAACGUAAGUUUUUUUUUUAAAUCUUUCUUCUUUUAAUUUCUUGUAAAAACUAUACAUCGGGGAGUAAUGAUCCCUCAAUAUUUUUCUAUUCUUCAGUAGAUGUUCAGGUUUGAGGACGAUGAGUACCUUCUUCGCGUUUUAACUAUGCGAAACUUGGAAACAGAUGGAGUCAGAGAGAUUCACCAACUUCAUUACAGGUGAGUCGAUCCGAAUUUAAAUGGAAAAUGAAAUGAAAAAUGAUACGGAGUCAAUGAAUUCGCGCAGGGAAUGGCCUGAUCACGGAUGUCCAUCAGGAGAAAAGCAGCUUCUGAACAUGGUCGAAGAGAUGGUCGCACUCCACGAAAGAACCUCCGCGACUUCACCAAUAUUAGUUCAUUGCAGGUAAAAAUCGUGUGAGCAUUUUAUAAAGAUUCGCUCGGAUCGGGAAUAGUAAACUGAUUGGAGUAUUUUGUAACAGUAAAAUAUUUUGGUUCCGUAGACAAGGGGAUGUGGUAUUGAGAAGAAGUUUGGAGGGCUAUUUCAAGUUUGCUGCCAAGAAAGUUUUUAAAAAGUUUUCUUCCAGUGCGGGCGUCGGCAGAACGGGCACCAUCAUCGCAGUCAAUCACAUCCGCGAAAGAAUGAAGGCGGCGAAACUCGAUCCAGUUGAUCUCUACCAGUUGGUUCUGACGUUACGCAGGCAGAGAGCCAGCAUGGUUCAAACACAGGUUUUUGAAUCCUGAAAUUUUUUUGGGAUUUUUUUAUUACUGGAGUUUUUUUCUAACAGUUGUAUCAAUAUUAUUCUGAUAAAAACUCUCACGAAUAAUCUUGAGUCUUGCUUCGAUGAGUUGAUUUAGUUCUCCUUCGUUUAUAAGAUUCUGAUUUUAAACAAUUCCUUUUUUCAAAAAGUGUCAUUAUUGCUACCUCUCAAAAGAAAGACAGAAGUGAAAUCGAAAAUUAGUUUUAUAAAAUUGCAGGAUCAGUUUCAAUUCGUGCACAAGUGUGUGGCUACAUACUUCCGUCAACAUUUGGGGAUUCCUGAGCCGGAGCCGACGCCAGUGGUGAGACCCGAACCAAAAAAAAGACCAUGGGCUUUUUGCAGAUGCACUCGCAAAGCUCUUAUUCCUUGCCAGUGCGAUUGAUAGCUCCGCCGACUCCCACAGAACAGUUUUCCGCUCUGGGGGAAGAUUCCACAGCUCAUUCCUCGAAUUCAGAUGUGCCAUCCUGUGAGGAGGCCAACGUCGACGCCGAUUUGAAGCCUGUUCCCGGUUCGUGAUCCGUUUGAUGUCUUUCAACUGAGGUAGCAACUUUUCCAAACGCUUUCUUCUUUUUUUUUUUGGAAGGAUCGUCUAGGUUUUUAAAUCAUAUUUUUUUAGAAGAAAGACGAAAACAAAAAAACAGUUUAUUAAAAAGAAAGCCACACAAGGAGAUUGCGACAGUUUGGGAGCGUUGCUGUGAAUUUUAACAAUAAAUUAUGAAUUUUAAAAUGAAUUUUAACAAUACAUUUUUUUCCGAUUUUGCUUUUUCUUAAUGAAUUCAAACCCCUUAAACUUAGUUAAAAUGCAUCUUUAAUUCAAAUUAUUCUCAAAUUUUUAAUUUAUUUUACUUCAAAAAAAGAUAUACCUUCUGUGAUCUAUUUUCAAAUGGAAUUUUGCAGAAUAUCCCGACUUUCCUCCUUCACCGACAGGACCCGAAGAGUUUGAAACGCUAUUUUAA